UGAUAAGAGUAUGGUUCAUAUAGUAGAAAAAAAUUGCUGAGUGUGUGCAUGACAAACAAAAACACACACAAAGCAGUACAUGUACUGAGAUAUGUGGCAGCGCACUCCAUUGGGUUUGCAUUUGAACAGGCAAAAAAAAAAGCUUUCUUCUGAACAAUAAACCAAGAGGGGAAAAAAUGUGAGAAUGAGGACAUUAAAAAAAAAAGAAAAACAACAUAUCAAGUUGUCUCUUCCAACUAACCUCAGGGAAACAAAUGGUCUUGUUUGUAUAUAAAGGGCAUUUUCCCAUCAAAUGCCAUUAUAUAGUGCCACUGGUAGUUUCGAAAAAUACAGACAAUGCACAGCACUUGGACGAUAUACAAAAAUGUUUAAAUAUAUUGCAGAUGGUGGUUUGUAAAUUGUAUAUUAAUUAUACAGCAUCUAGAAGCAAAGAUCUACACAUCUAGAAAAAAUAGGUGACUACCCAUUUUACUGAAAUUAGUCUGACAACACGUGGCUACGUGGAGUUAAUGUCCAUUUCUGCCUGGGCUGGAUCAAUACUUGCCUUGUAAAUUUUGAAUAGGAAUCACUGAUGUGAAGACUUACGGCUCCCUAUAUUGUAUAACAGAUCGCACAGAAGGGGAGAAAAACCAUUAAUUACUGCAGGGGAAACAUUUUAUAAUGGCAAAUAACCUUGUAACCACUAUCUAAACCCAAGUUCAGCAAUGCACACUUUUUUUUUUUAUUAUUCUGCAAUAUAAACCCCAACGUUCCACGAGAGUAUGGAGGUUGCGUGUUCGUGCCGAGGUCUCCACACACAUGAACGCAGCGUGCUGGGGGUGGGGUACCAGCACUGCUGGGGGGGGGGGGGUGUCAGUCCAGAGCAGAAAGGCACCCUUACGGCAUCAUCUGGAUUUAUGCCCAUUGAUCCGUGAACUGCAUUCCUACAUCAGUCUUAAAUGUAUAUUUCGAGGAGGGAAAAAAAAAAAAAUCGUCAGGUAUUCUGAUUUGACGUUGUUUUCCCUGGAUGACUAAAAAGCUUAAGUUAUUAAACUGACAAGUUUCCAAAGGAGGUCCUGGUGCCAGCAGCCAGUCUUACCCAUACAAAGUCUAUGACAAACCUGACCUUAACCAUGAGGGCAAAUGCAGUUGAUAUUGUAAGGCAUAAACAGUAUUAAAACACCCAAUGUAUUUAAAAAAAAUUUAAUGUUCACAAUAUAUAAAGCCUACAUUUACAUCAUUAAUUUUUUUUCCCCACUGUUGUAUUAAAUAUAAAAGAGGCUUAAAUGCGUAAUUAUACAAGCGCGAUACAACCCGGAAACCGCCCCCUUCUAUUAUCAGAGACGUGUCCCCCCCCCAUUCAAACGGACGUCGCAGGACGACAACGGAAAAUCCCCAACUCGGAAGCCCCGCCUCCUGACUAAACGUUGACGAAAACCGAGCAGCAACGGAAGAGCCGGACGACCGAAGUCCCACCCAUUUUUUAUUUAACCCUUUACGAGCAAAUGACUACGAGUGAACGGCCGCCAUUUCGCAAGACCUGUAACAAAAGAAAAGCUACGUUCUUAGAAAGAAAUUAAACACAAAAUGAAACCCGACCUACUACAAAUUAAGACAUUCGGCUAAAAUUUGAAGUUCCCGUUAACUUCGCGCGGGUUCAGCCGAAGUCUACGCAAGCGGACCAAAACAAGAGACGUAGUGAAACCCGUCCUGGGAGCUCUUUACUUCGGUGUUCAACUUCCCCCUUUACACCGCGCUGUCGGAGACAAGAUGGCGGCACCCGGCGCGCGACUGGCGCUCUGCGUGCUGGCCCGCGUGCGGCCCUUCUCGUCGCGCCUCGCUGAGCGGGCACAGGGGAUCCCAGUUUGGCCUUGGUCUCGACCCCAGUGCCCACUGCUGCAGUUGGGUCGCCCCUCGUGCUCCGCGGCGUCCCGGUCUGAGAAGACGAGCGGCGACGGCGCAGCCGAACAGUCGUCCCGCUACAAGGACCAACCCUGGAAUUACCUGGAGAGCGAAGAGUACAAGGAGCGUUAUGGGUCAAGACCCGUUUGGUCAGACUACAGGAGGAAUCACAAAGGGGGCAUUCCGCCACAGAAGACACGCAAAACGUGUAUAAGGGGAGACAAGAUCAGCGGGAAUCCAUGUCCAGUCUGCAGGGAUGCUAACAUCAUCGUCCACUAUCAGAAUGUGAAACUACUGGAGCAGUUUGUGGAUCCGUACUCUGGGGAAUUAUACGAUGCCACGCGUACAGGUGUAUGUAUGAAACAGCAGAAACAGCUGAAGCAAGCUAUUGACUCAGCCAGAGACCAUGGACUACUGCCAUUCCAAGUGCCCCUUGUGGACUUCUCGGGGGAGGACUACUCCAACUCCCAUGAUGCAGUAGGGUGCACCCCUCCUUGUCCUUCCAUGGCUCCUGAGGAGCCCUGGUACCCAUGGUAUGAGGCCAAGCCUGAUGAGCACGAGGUAGCUAAAGUGAAGAAGAUUUACAAGGCUUUCCUCAAGCAGUGAGUGGACAGUACAGGCGAGCUGCCUUUGUCCCCUUGGUUACAAGGUCAACGUGAUACAGCUUUAGAAAUGCUAAUUGUAACAUGGGUCCUGUGUUUUAUGAAAAUAAAGUUGUCAAAGAGUUG